AUUCACUGUCCCAUAGCGUGAUUGCAUCCGAAAAAUUGAUCAAGGCAGAUUCGUGACAUAUAUAAGCGUCGACCUGGUAAGUAGGUCAUAAGUGAUAACUGAGAUCCCCUCAACUCGCCGCAAGGAAGUCCCUUCGGCGUCAUCCGAUAAAAUUGGAACUCGCCGCAAUGAGUUCGCGUCGGGAGCGUGAAGUCCCCGGAUGGGCAGAUCCCCCGAUCCGAAAGGCAAAGCAAAGGCCAGACGAUUUAGCAGAGGACCAGCUCCGUGAGAUCUACACAUUGGUUCCGGUCGCUGGCCCUCUUAACAACAAGAAGGAACGUAAAAAAUGGUUUAAGGUCUUUUGUAACGUUUGUAAAAAAUUCAACGGUCGCAUCAACUGUGAUCGGCUGCAGGAUUAUGAUUAUCUCCAACAUCAUGCAGCAAUCAUCCACGGAGAAAAUGAGACCAAAAUGGAAGAGGAUAAGCAUGAUGAAGACACGAGUAUGGUACCAGGAUCAUCUUCAGAUUUCUCAGAGGGCCAGCUCCGUAAGAUCUACGACUUGGUUCCGGAACCUGGUCCUGCUGACAUGUUAGAAGAUAAGGAACCUAUAAAAUGGUUUACGUUGGUUUGUGAGCUGUGUGCUUCUGUUGUGGGUUGCAUCCAAGAGGGUUCUAACUUGCAGGAUUGUCGUGCCACCCAUCAACAUGCAUCAAUCCACCGCGAUGUUUUGCUUGACCUUCCUACAGGUAUUAAUCAAUGUCAUGAAGACACUAGUAUGGCACCAAGACCAAUACCAUAUCACUCAGAGGCGGAGCUCCUUCGGAUCUACUCUGUACGUUCAUACACUACGGGGGGAUUUAGGAGGUCUGCGGAGCCUCCUAGUGAGGAGCCUGUAGUGGUUUGGUAUGCAGUGGCUUGUAAGCUCUGUUUGGAGGUUGAACAUACCACCCAAGAUUAUCCUAGCUUGCAGGAUAGUCAUUGGUUGCAAAAACAUGCUUUGACGGCGCACAGCGAGUACUUGUCUAUGGAUGGCCCUACAGUACCAGAUCUUGAAGAUUUCAACAGCGAGCAGGUGAUAAUAGGGUACGAGGGACCAGACUUUUUCUUGGGUGAAGAUGAUGCACAUCUGCAGGAGGGAUUUGUAAAGGUUUGUCGGAUGUGUCACUGUGAAAAUUGUAGCAGCGGUGUCUACAGAUCUCAUAUGAUGUAUUGUGAUGUUUGUAAUGAAUCUGGUACCCACCUGUCUUGGAAUUGUCCUACAGGAAAUUGGGAGCUUGGACAGCCUACACCGUGCAACCGCUCGAACUGAAAUGAAGGAAUCAGUAACUAGAACCUUUUAGACAAUGCAUCUAUAUAUGGGUGCCUGAGUUGCCCCUGCUGAAAAUCUAGGGCUGUAAAGAAAGGAGAAGGAAGAAGAAGAAGUAGCAGAGGAAGAGAGAUGAAGACGAUUCUAUUCUUUCUUUGAUAAGGCUUGAGAUAAUGCUAAGCUCAUGACAUCCAUACAUUUAUAUAGAAGGGACUGUAGCUAAUUGUAACUAAUUUCUGUUAAGCUCAGCUAACUUUUCUAACAUUUGUUUCUUGCUAAACAAUCUCAGCCCUACACGUGGACUUUGGGUAAGCCUUGACUUGAUUGUUGACUUUGACUUCAACACUGGUUUGAUCAUUCCUACAUCCCCCCUCAACCGAAUGGUUGGGACCAACCAUGAGGUUGCCACAAAGAUAUCUGAACUGAGGAGAAUAUCCAGACCUUUAGUAAGAAUUUCAGCAAGGUGUUGAAGUGAUUACACUUGAAGAGACCUAGUCUUUUAUGCCACAGAGAUGGAGAUAUCUUGGAACCAAAGGAAAAACUGUAGGUGAAGCUGUAUAAGGAUUUAAAAGAUGUUUGGAAGUGGAUCGGAAAUUGGCAUGGGAUGAAGGCCAUUGUCACUGAGACCUAGGAACAGCACCCUGCCAGUCACCUUGUCCUGCACCAUUGCCAAUAUUGACUUGGUCACCGGCCAUCAGAGUAAGUAGUCACAUUGUUGAGCUGAAAAAUAUCUGAUGUCAAAUGUGAAGAGGCUCCAGAAUCAGUGAUCCAGACUUCAUGUGUGGGAGUAGCAGGAGUGUGUUGGAUAGAAGCUGUCAUGGCUGUCUGUUGACCUUGAAGGCUAGCAAAUGACUGUCUCUGGUUGCAAUCAGCUGCAGAAUGACCAGUGAGACCACAUAGUUGGCACUCAAGCACAAACGAAGAAGAGCCAGAGCCUUGGACCUUUCCAAGAUGCCAACAAGUUUGAGCAGAAUGUCCUGGCUUGUCACAGAUCUAACAGAUGAUUCUAGGCCUAAAACCACCAUUGUACCCAUUGUAGCCAUUGUUAAAAGCAGCAAACCCAUUAUAUCCACUUUGACAUCCAAUUCCAACAGGUGUAGGCAAAAGACCUUUAGACUCGGAGGACUCAGAUAAAAAUUGAUUCUUGGCAACCAUAGCAUUCAUAGAACCCAAAGAAAGUGACUGUAACUUUGACUCGCAUUCAAUUUCAGAUUCAGCAGCAAGAAGCAAGGAUCUAAGCUCAGACAUAGAAAUCGGAGCAUGCUUGGCCUUAAUCAUCAUUCUCACAAUACUAAACUCAGAUGGUAAUCCCUUAAGUAUGAGUAUCAUAAUAUCUUCAUCUGCAAUCUUAACACCUAUAGCUGAAAGCUGAUCCCUAGCAUUCUUGACCCUAAGUAGAUACUUGUCAACACUAUCUAAACCUUUCUCAAUAGAUUGCAAAUUGGAUUUCAAUUGGAGCACAUUAGAUCUAGACACAGUUGCAUAUCUAUCUUUGAGAGUGGUCCAUACCUCCAAGGUCGAGUUGCAGCCAACAACAUGAGAGAGUGCUUCAGGGGAGAGAGUAGCAGUAAUCAGAGAGAUGAGAUUGCAAUCUUGUUCAAGCCAUUCUUCAAGAUCCUCAGAGGGAUUUGGUGUGAGAUGACCAUCAUCAGAAAUGGAGAACUGAGAUGGGCAAGAGUGAGAGCCAUCCACAAACUUGAGGAGACCAUGGCCACGAAGCAGAGAGUAUAUCUGAAAGUGACAUGUAGGAUAGUUGUUGUCAUCGAGCUUCACAGAGAUUAUACUAGACAGAGUAGCAAGAAGAGAAAUCGUUGUAGCCACCAUUGUUGCAGAAAGAAAGCUUGAAUCUUGAAGAUGAAAUUGGAGGGAUCGAAGAAGAAAAGACUGAGAGAUCGAAGAAGAAGAUUUGAAGAAGAAAGGAUUGGAGUAAUUGCAGAGAUGCUAGAAGAGAAAUUCCCUGGCUCUUGAUACCAUGCUGAAAAUCUAGGGCUGUAAAGAAAGGAGAAGGAAGAAGAAGAAGUAGCAGAGGAAGAGAGAUGAAGACGAUUCUAUUCUUUCUUUGAUAAGGCUUGAGAUAAUGCUAAGCUAAUUACAUCCAUACAUUUAUAUAGAAGGGACUGUAGCUAAUUGUAACUAAUUUCUGUUAAGCUCAGCUAACUUUUCUAACAUUUGUUUCUUGCUAAACAAUCUCAGCCCUACACGUGGACUUUGGGUAAGCCUUGACUUGAUUGUUGACUUUGACUU